AUGGGGCUCUUGUUUCUUCUUCCAUUAGGGAAUAUGGCUCGCGGAGGAAGUUUGGAUUGUGUUCGCACAUUGCUUGCAUGGGGAGCUGAUCGGCUCCAGAGGGAUUCAUCUGGGCGAAUACCUUAUUCUGUAGCUAUAAAGCAUAAUCAUGGAGCUUGUGCAGCUUUGCUAAACCCAUCAGCAGCAGAACCUCUUGUUUGGCCUUCUCCAUUAAAGUUCAUCAGUGAACUUGAUCCAGAUGCAAGAGCUCUUCUAGAAGUAGCUCUGAUGGACGCUAACAAGGAAAGCGAGAAAAUAAUAUUGAAUGAAAGAAAAAAAUUGUUAUCUCCUGCAAAUGUGGAUGAAGCAUUUCAUGAUGAUGCUUCUGAGGCUAGUAGAUCUUGCGGCACCAUAGAGGCUUUGGUGAAUUUUACGGCAUUUUAA